AACGUCGUCUGCUGCGGGGAGAUCGUCCUUCCUCUCUCUCUGCGUGCGUUUAUGAAGCCGCACAUACUGGUUCAUCUGCGCACAUCAAACAAGACUGCCGUGAACAGGUAAAACCAGAGGCAGACACUGACUCGGGCACCUGCCAUGGAGGGGCUCUACUUCGAAGUGAAGCCCAGGCCAGGGAGCUCUGAGAAACCUCCUCUUCAUCAUAUCUCAAACCCGGGCUCCAGUCCGUCGCUUUCCCAUCUCUCCUUCUCUUCGGUGUGUUCUCAGAAAGUCACCUCUGCUGAGAAGAGGGUUACAACAUGGGGAGGACGGGUAGUGGACGAAGCGGAGUUAGAGGAGGAGGUACGGUACAGACUGACAUUGAUCGGCUCUCUGCCUGUGCACCCGCGGACCACCAUGGCCAUGCUGCCCUGGGUGGUGGCCGAGAUCAGUCGGUGUCACUCUGCAGAGAAGGAACCGGCUGCUGGGUCUGUAAGUCCAGGUGGAGGACAGUUGGCCCCUCCUCCUGUAGUCACUGUUCUUCUGUGUGUGUCGGCCUCAUGGGUGCGGUGUAUGUCCGUUCUUGGAGAAAAGGUCGUGUGGGACCCGCUGACGCACACGGUGCUGUUUGAAUGUCGUCCUCACCAGGUGACCAAGCUCCUUCACAACAGCCAGGAGCCCCGCAGCUUCGGCUGCCUGGUCAGAGAAGCUCCAAACUGUGCCUGCUACGUCUUCCAGUGCCAGGACAGCACCAAGGUUCCCGAGAUCAUCAGUACGUUGAGGCAGGCUGGCAAGAGCUCUGCACGCAGCGAUGACAUCACCAGCAUUUCCAACAAAACUUCCACUGGAGGCCGUGAUCCCUCUGAAACAAGCUUCUCUUCUCACUCUACAAAGACAACCUCUGUGGCACCACCUUGUGUCGUUUCUCCAUCAACAUUCUCCAAGAAGUUUGAGGUGCUGUUCUGCGGCCGUGUGAGUGUUGCUCACAAGAAAGCCCCUCCUGCCCUUAUUGACGAAUGCAUCGAGAAGUUUAGCCAGUUGCAUGGCUCAGGGACGGCUGAUAAAGGAGAAGAUAGAGAGAGAUUGGUGGGUGGGCUGAGGAGGGCUCUAGCCCAGCAAUCCAAUGGACUUGGGAGUGGUCCAGUUGGGAAUAAUGCUGCAGGGAGCCCGACCACAGGGAAGCGUCCUGUCCUGUUUAAAAAAGACCCCAGCUUUCCCUGUCUGCAGGCCCUGGAUGAGAAUGGACUUUCACCCGAGAUCUCCAACAACAACACUAUUGAUGCACACGCCCACUCUGCUGGAGUACAGCCCACCAGCCUGCAGGAGAACAGGACCAUGCUGUUUACGGUGGGGAGGUCUCAGAUCUUUUUGGUCAGUCCAGACACGAAGAAGGUCGCGAUAGAGAAGAGUUUCAGAGAAAUCUCCUUCUGCUCACAGGGUAUUCGUCACGUGGAUCACUUUGGCCUCAUUUGCAGGGAGACAGUGGAAGGAGGCAGCUGCCACUUUGUUUGCUAUGUGUUCCAGUGCACCGACGAAUCACUGGUGGAUGAGAUCAUGUUGACCUUGAAGCAGGCGUUCUCUGUGGCAGCGCUGCAGCAGAAUGCAAAGACCCAGAGCCAGCAGUGUGACAGCUGCCCCAUGCAGCAGCUCCACAGGCUGUGUGAGAGGAUAGAAGGGCUACAUCCAUCUAAAACCAAGCUGGAGCUUCAGCGGCACUUGGCCACUCUGGACAACCAGGAGCAGGCUGCAGUGUUUGAAAGCACCAUGAGGGCCCGUCCUAAGAGCGAUCAGGAAGAGAACGAGUUGGUGAUGGCCUCUUUGAGGAAUCUGUACGAGGAGAGGCAGAGGAGCCAUAAGCACACACUGUCUGGAGACAGCAAACAGGCGUGUGAGGAGGCAGCUCCAGCCCCGGUGGAGGCUCAGCAGCAGAGUAGCAGUCGGCAGCGGCUUGAACAGUUCAAGAGCCGAGCCAAGCGCUCUCUCACUGAGUCCCUGGAGGGGAUCUGGAAGGGAAGCAGCAAGGCCAGAGCUCAGAGGGACAAUAGUUUAGGAAGUGACAGCGGCUCUUCUGUCAGUGCGGUCACCAACAGCCCCGAGCAGUCCAGUCUAGAUGAGCCCUCGCCUACCUACUCCCACCUGCGACCCACCAGCCCACUCAGGUGUCACAACUCAACAGGAGACCUGAAGCACCUUGACUCCUCUCUCCGCCUGUCUCCCUCCACCUCCUCUUUACCCGAUGACGCUCAGCCCUCGGGCUUCCGCAGGCGCGCCAGCACCUUCAGCCACCCUCCCACCCCCUCCUCAGCAGAGUACUCACCGCUGCACACACUAAAUCACUCUCCACAAGAGCCCACUGCAAAUACCAAGCCAAAGCUGGUACGACACUACUCCGUCAGCACCGAUACUCCCCACCAGAGCAAUGAUGUUGCAGCUCUGUCCUCACCUAGUAGAGCAUGCGGGGUGGGAGAAAGCCCUCUGCGCAGCCACCGCCACUCAUGGAGGCAGCAGAUCUUCUUACGAGUGGCCACUCCUCAGAAGAGCACAGAAACCAUUGAGCGAGGGGAUCCCUGUCUAGAUGCGAGUCGUGGCCAGGUGGGAGUCGGAGGAGGAGGGGACUUGUCUAUAAGCGUGGUGCCUGAGGAGCGGACGAAGAAGAGCAAAGAGGAGCUGAGGGAGCUGUGGAGGAAGGCCAUCCUGCAGCAGAUCCUCCUGCAGAGGAUGGAGAGAGAGAACCAGAAACUACAGGCCUCAGAGAGCGACCUGCAGAACAAGCGCCUGAAGCUGGACUACGAGGAAAUCACUCCGUGUCUGAAGGAGGUCACUCUGGUCUGGGAGAAGAUGCUGGGAACUGCUGGGAGAGCAAGGGUUAAAUUUGACCCAGAGACUAUACAUGCUGCUGUUACACAAGGUGUCCCACGGCAGCAUCGCGGCGAGAUCUGGAAGUUUCUCUCUGAACAGUACCUGCUCCGGCAGACGGUCCCCUCCCGACCGCCCGCCAAUCACACUCCGUACAAAGAGCUGCUGAAACAGCUCACAUCACAGCAACACGCCAUCCUCAUAGAUCUGGGUCGCACUUUUCCCACUCAUCCAUAUUUCCAAGCCCAGCUGGGUGCAGGGCAGCUGUCUCUGUAUAAUCUACUCAAGGCAUACUCCCUUCUGGACCCCGAGGUGGGCUACUGCCAGGGCCUGUCCUUCAUUGCAGGAGUGCUGCUGUUACACAUGGAGGAGGAGGACGCCUUCUACAUGCUCAAGUUUCUCAUGUUCGACGUCGGGCUCCGCAAACAGUACAGGCCUGACAUGAUAAUCCUGCAGAUUCAGAUGUACCAGCUGUCCCGGCUGCUCCAUGACUACCACAGGGAUCUUCACACCCACCUGGAGCAGCAGGAGAUCGGGCCCAGCCUGUAUGCCACCCCUUGGUUCCUCACUGCCUUCGCCUCACACUUCCCCCUCGGCUUUGUGGCCAGAGUCUUCGAUAUGUUGUUCCUUCAGGGGUCAGAGGUCAUCUUUAAGGUGGCCAUGAGCCUGCUUGGGAGCCACAAACCUCUGAUCCUGCAACAUGAGAACCUGGAGUCUAUAGUGGACUUCAUCAAGACCACGCUGCCAAACCUGGGCCUGGUGCAGAUGGAGAAAACCAUCAACCAGGUGUGUGAGAUGGAUGUGUCCAAGCAGCUGCAGGCCUACGAGGUGGAGUAUCACGUCCUGCAGGAUGAGAUGCUGGACACGCCCCCCACCCUCAACCAACACCAGAGAGCUGCGCAGCUGGAGAGGACCAAUCAGAGCCUCCGACAGCAGAACCUUGACCUGCUCGAGGAGCUGCAGGUGUCUCACGCUUGUGUCUGCAGCUUGGAGAGCCGCUUGGAGUCUCUCGUACAGUCAGAGGGCCGCCUGAAGGAGCAGGUUUCUGCCCUGCAAGAGGAGAAGAAGCAGCUCGCGAGCACCGUCACACGCUUACAGGACCUGCUCACCAGCCUCGGCAUUCACAACAACCCCGAUGGACACACACUCCCCUCACCCUCUGAAAGACACACAACCACAGAGAAUGUGGAGGGGCUGGGAAACAGAACUGUGGACUCUCUCCCUCACCCUCACCCUCUGGCUCUUCCAGAGGGCUCAUAACCGCACCUCAUACUUUUCCAAAUGGUUAGGUUGAGCGGAGGAGGAGCCGGGUGUGGAGAUGUGGAGGUGCUGAGGAGGAGAAGGUUGAGGGAGAUGUUGAGACGACUCUUUACCUCCACCUUUAUCCUGUUUCUAGCUUGUGAAUGUUUUAAUAAAAAAAGAGGAAACUCUGAGGAAGUUGGACCUAAUAGAGAGUAGAGAAGAAAUAGAACAAAAAUGGGGAUGAGGUUAAAGAGAAAGUAGAAAUGAAGGAUAGAAACUGUAAUAUUAUCCCAAAACGACACGAGUGCUAUAUCAGCUCUCUUAAAAAAAAAAAAAAAAAAAAAAAAAGAAAUGAACCUUAUUAUCUGACCAACAAUCCCCAAAGAUAGCACUGUCCCAUCGGGUCUCUACUGUCCAAACUACAGUUACAUUUGCACCUGGAAUGUCCGUUUGUCUGUGAAUGUCUCCAAUGUGUGUGUUUUAGUUGCAACACGGCAAAAAAAAAAGCCAAAGAAUGUCCUCCUUGUUACCAAACAAGCUCGCAAAAAUACCGUGUCAUUGAACACCCGCACAUGUAACAAUGAAAGUAAUCGAAAGAUUCAAUGAAAGAUUGGAAUUCAAUGUCCAAAGAAAUAAAAAAAAAAAAGAGAAGCGAGCUAAAGGGACAGAUGAAGAAGAGACAAAGUUUCAUUUUGUUCAUCUGGUAGAAGUUGAAUAUGACAAUGAUAAAUGAUAUUAGAUCUUGGUGCUUAUAUUCAAAGAGCAGAGGGGAACUAUUUCUGAUUCUCUUCAGUAUUCCAAAGUUUGUAACCUUAUCCUAACCGGUCUCAACCUUAUGUAGCUACAGUAUGUUGAAGGCAGAAAAAACACAACACCAUCACCACCUUCCAGUUCGGUCCAUGCUUGUAGAAAGUUGAAAUGAAUGUCAGUUCACCAGAAAAAGCUGUGCCCUUGUAGUGCACAUCCCCACAGAUCAGUUACUUUGAAUAAGAACAGAAAGAAACUUAAUGUCUGAAACUUCACACAGGAAACCUCUGCUGUGGAGACAAUCUGUCAGCUACGAGUCAUUUACUGUAUUCAUCACACUGAGCUCCGUCGGGCCGAGCUCCUGCUUGGUGUGUUUCCAUGUUAACGUCUUUUUGUGUUGCUGUGUGCGUGUUCACAAAUCUGUUGAUUUACACUGUAAAGAAAUGUUGCUUUUACUCCAGACUCUCAUUGCACAUUUUGUUUUAAUUAUUGUAAUUCUGUACUUUAAAAAUACAUUUCAUAUCCUUUGAGCACAUCAGAA